GCCUGCGGCCGUCGGCUUUUUCUCUCCGCCCUCCCCAGCCGCCUUACGCUACGCCUUUCACUGGCUAUCGCCGGUUUCGCUCUUUUCUCAACUUUCCCGAUAUUUUACCUCUCUCUCUCCUCUCUCUUUCUCUCUCUUCCUUCUCCCCUUGUGUCUCCAUGCAUGGAAGACGCAGAAGAAGCCGUCGGCUUCUUUUCCUUAAAUAAAACCCUAACCUUCGUUUCUUGAAUCUUAUCAGUCUGUCUCUUAAGCUUCUUUUCUCUUCAAACAAGGAAUAGUCAAUCACAUGGUUUUCCCCGGUGGCUAGCAAUCCUACAAGCAAAUCAACUGAGUAUGGGUGGGUGCUGCUGCCAUCCUAGAAGCGAUGAAGUCACUACUGGGGUUCCAAGAUAUUAUUAUAUUUCCCUUAGUGAUAUCUGGGCUGCGAACUCUGUCAUAAUGCGCACUUCUUUCCAGUAUCCAUCUUCAGAAGGCCAUGAUACAUUGCCAUCUCCCCGAAGUACUGCUUCUGCAGUUCGUCCAGGGCUUUUGGUUGAUACGAAUUUGGAUUCCUCAAUACCCGACACUUUCCAAGCACCUCCACCACCAUUGCCAUAUGAUGAGGGUACAGGUCUUAUGCAAACUUCACGUGGUAGUGGCAAGAUUGGACCAGUACGUGAUACAUCAGAGGCCGAAUCUCUUGGAGAACCAGCUAGGGGUGGUGGACGUGACACUUUAGUUUCAGGUGGUGAUCAGAAGGAGUCCAACAAGAUUGAAACUGAAUAUGAUCCGAGUUCUCCAAAAGCAUGCAAUGUAGAAAAAUCUAAGUUGAUCGAGCCUAUUGUUCCAACUACAGACGAGGAAGAUGUCUGUCCCACUUGUCUUGAAGAAUACGACAAAGAAAAUCCAAGAAUUAUUACCAAAUGUGAACAUCAUUUUCAUCUUGCUUGCAUUCUUGAAUGGAUGGAAAGGAGCGAGACUUGCCCUGUCUGUGAUAAGGAAAUGAUAAUUGAUGAGUCAUUUGGUGUGUAGAGUUUUAUUCCCGCAAGAUUUUCAUUAAUGACAAGAACCCGUGAGUAUAUGUGAGAGCCAAAGCUUCACAAAGGAAAGGUUGAAGGGGUUCUUUGAUCUGGUAAAUUUCGGAUGCCUUUCUGAAUGCUCCAUGUUUGCCUCUGUAAUUAACUGUGCAGGCACGUGGUUGGUUACUUGUACAUAAACAUAGUUGUAAUUGAAAGAAACCCCAAAUAUUGUUUUUUAGGGUUUUUGGUCCCUCAAAUGGGAAAAUUCAUCAAAGUCAGUCCGUGUCCUCAGCAUGAAGGUUCGGUUAAUUUCAUUUUUGGUUGUCUUAUUUUUUGUUUUUUUCCUUCCCUUCUUUCUUAUCUUCUGGUUAUUUUUUGCUGCUGUAAAUUGUGGUUGAUUCUUUGGAGAUGCUGUUGAGGUGUUGUAGGAAUGUGAUCAAUAAAAGUUUGCUUUGUGAUGGA